CAUUGGUUGCUAUGGUAAUACCGAUUGCAGAAUGUGAAGACUCACUAUGGCCAGUAAGAGAGUUCCGUGGUGUCUGGGUAGCUACAGUAGCAAACAUUGAUUGGCCUUCGUCCCGACAUUUAACAACCAGCCAACAAAAACACGAACUCGAUCUCAUUGUUCAGACAGUACACAAACUGAAUUUCAACGCCAUCGUAUUCCAGGUGCGGACGGCAGGGGAUGCAAUGUAUAACUCUUCCCUAGAUCCAUGGAGCUAUUAUCUAACAGGAACUCAAGGAAAGUCGCCUUCUCCAUACUGGGAUCCUCUUGCUUAUUUGAUAGAAAAGUCCCACAAUUUGGGUAUGGAAGUUCAUGCUUGGUUCAACCCGUACAGAGCACGUGCAGGUAGUUCGUCACGCAGCGGAUUGGCAUCGACACACAUGGCAAAUCGUUUUCCACAAUACACCUAUGGUUACGGUCACAAUCUCUGGAUGGAUCCCGGCGCAAAGGUUGUGCAGGACUAUAUUAUAUCCGUAUUUAGUGACGUUGUCAAAAACUAUGAUGUAGAUGGGAUCCAUAUUGAUGAUUAUUUUUAUCCGUAUCCAGUCCAAGGUCAGGAUUUUCCAGACUCCCAUACUUAUAACAGUUACAAAUCAAACGGUGGUACUCUUUCUUAUUCUAACUGGCGGCGAAAUAAUAUAAACGACUUAGUUCAAAGGAUUAAUAAUGAACUUCAUGCCAUGAAACCGUUUAUAAAAUUUGGUGUCAGCCCAUUUGGAAUCUGGAAACCAGGGCACCCAAGUGGUAUCCAUGGUCUCUCAUCUUACGAUGCAAUCUAUGCAGAUGCAAGAAAAUGGCUUGUGGAAGGCUGGUUAGAUUACCUGACGCCUCAGUUAUAUUGGAAAAUUGACCCUCCAGCACAAAGCUAUCCCGCUUUACUUGAUUGGUGGCUGCAGCAGAAUUCUAAAAAUAGACAUGUUUACGCCGGAAAUGACGUAGCCAAGAUCGUUUCACAUGGUUGGUCUGCUCAAGAGAUAUCUAAUCAAGUCAAGAUAUCGAGAGAUCAUCGCAGUUUGUUAAGUUUGGGAAAUAUUCAGUUUAGUAUGAAGUACUUCAUUAGCAAUAGCCAUGGCAUUGCGAAUGCUUUUAGCGCAUUAUAUACAAAUAAAACACUUGCACCCGUAAUGUCUUGGCUGAAUGUGAGUCGACCUGUAUCUCCUAGCAAUGUCGCAACAGAUUCAAGCUCUAUUUUAUGGUCUCGAGACACGUCCGGUGCUAUUUACUACUGGGCAAUUUAUCAACAAUUUGCUGAUGCUUGGAAUCUUCAUACGGUAGUUAGGGCGGAAGUGACGUCAGUGUCCAAUAUAACCAAAGGUUUCUAUGCAAUAAAGGGAGUAAAUAGGGCUGGUGUGGAAAGCUCACCAAUUGUUGUUCAGGUCCAUGGUAGUACUGCAAUUGUCGGAUAAGAAGAGGCAGCUUAUGUUUAAACCUCUUUGGAGUUAUAUUUGUCAACCCAAUUAAACUAAAGAAUGAAAUGUGUAGAUAGCAUUUCAGCUAAAUUA